UCAGUAUCAGUGUUCUUUAUAUUAACUACUUGUACUACAAGAUACUGCACAACCAAUCAUGCCUGCUACACACGGCAGAGUUAGGAACGGUCCCUAUGGUGGAAUGGGAGGCGAAUACUACAAUGCGGAACACGAUGAACAUAAAAUCCGCAGAGUAGACGCCUGGGGACGAAGCUACAGAGGAUACGAUGUUCUGAACGGAUUCCAGUUCACCUACGACGACGGCCACAAGGGCCCACUUGUCGGCCACGAGAACCCCAACGAUCAUAAAGACUUCACGUUCGAGGACGGCGAAAAGAUAGAUCGCAUGACUGUCUAUGCUGGUUUUGACGAAGGCUUUGUCAACGGCUUUGACUUCCAUACAAAUUACAAUCAUGACUUUACGGUUGCUGGAAAGGAGGGUAAGGUAAACCAUCUCCCACACCUUGGAAAUGGUGAAUGGAUUGGAGCGGAGGGCAGGGACCCUAUUCAUGGCGCCGCGGAGGUUGUGGAUAAUAUCGACAUUUGGUUCAAGGCUUAAGGCCUCAUUAUUCACAGGGAUAUGGCCGUGGCCUACGUGGAACGUUCCUUGAUAUAUUUUGUGUUCUCGUCUAUAUACUCUUGUUUCCCCAAGGUGUCAGUUAACUGCAAAAGCUACAAGAAUGAAUGCGCACCGCUGCAACGGCGAUUUCUAGUGAGCCAGUAUUUGUUCCGACGUUGAAUAUUACUACAUUAUCGCC